AUGAACGGCACGCUGAAUGGCGUCGCACACCGAGCGCGACAGGGCAGUCGGAGUCUUCCUUUUAUGACUGACCUUUUGGGAAACAGUUUGAAUGACCGCCUUCUCUUUGCGGUGCCCAAGAAGGGCCGCCUCCACCAAGCCUGCCUCGAUCUCCUGCACGGCUCAGACAUCCAAUUCCACCGCCACACACGCCUCGACAUUGCGCUCGUCAAGAACCUUCCUCUCGCCCUCGUCUUCCUGCCCGCCGCCGACAUCCCUACUUUCGUCGGCGAAGGCCGUGUCGACCUAGGCAUAACCGGCCGCGACCAAGUCGCAGAACAUGAGUGUGUUACGCCGCCCACGGCCACCACCGGCGUCGACGAAGUGCUAGACCUAGGCUUUGGAAAGUGCAGUCUCCAGGUCCAGGUCCCUGCCAAAGGCGAACUGACCAAGCCCGAGGACCUCAUUGGAAAGAAUGUCGUCACGAGCUUUACCAACCUUGCAGAGCAGUACUUUCGGAGGCUAGAGGCGGAGCAGGCGGGUGCGGUAAACGGAGAGUUUGACAAGGACGCAAAGCUCAAGACGGUCAUCAAGUACGUGGGCGGUAGUGUCGAGGCUGCAUGCGCAUUGGGCGUUGCAGACGGCAUCGUCGACUUGGUCGAAUCCGGCGAGACAAUGCGUGCUGCUGGCCUCAAAGCCGUGUCGACUGUAGUCUCGUCAAGCGCCAUCCUCAUCAAGUCGAAGCACCCCUCUGAUCCCAAGCUUGUCGAGCUCAUCACUGCCCGGAUAAAGGGUGUUAUCACUGCGCAAAAAUACGUCCUCUGCACAUACAACGUUCCCCGGUCCAAACUCGAUCUCGCGCGCGCAAUUACCCCGGGCCGUCGGGCGCCAACUGUCAAUGCGCUCGAGGAAGACGGCUGGGUAGCCGUCCAAGCCAUGGUGCUGCGCAAGGACAUUGCCAUUGCCAUGGACAAGUUGACAGAGGUUGGAGCAACCGACUUGAUUGUGACCAAGAUUGAGAACUCGAGAACAGGCGAUUGAACCGUGGAUAGAUUGUCAAGAAACUAGAAAAAUAAACAAAUAAAAAUGCUUUGCG